GUUCACAGAACAGGACUUCUGUGACUUCCCAGGGAUCUGUAGAAGAGGUGAAGCAGUAAAUCCACCAGCUCCAUCCUAAUCCCUCUCGGGUGUUCAGACACCAAAGGCUGGAAAUUCUACCAGAAACUUGGUCAUCUAUGAAAGACACUAGCAAGGUCACUGACGCGACUCAUUUGUUUCAGCUGUUGCUGUUUUGUCACCUUGAGUGGGAGGCCACAAAUACUGGCCUGAGGUGGCCCCUGUGUGGGUGGCCAUUGCUCCUGGGCACCACACUGCAGGAUUCUGUGAGGUGGGCUUAUCUCUAGACCAGAGGCUUCUGUGUCUUACGAGGAACUUAAGAGACAGGCUGGACAAGGUUCUUAUCAUGGUCCCAUCAUGAUGUCAUCUGUGAGGUCUGCCUGGCUGCUUGGGGACUACUUAAAACACAAGGGCUGUCCUGGCCAAAGAGACAGGUAGGGGUGACACCAGGUUAGUAAAUGAGAUCAAUGCUGGCCCAGCCCCACCUCUGGGGACCCAGCUGACGUCACUAGAGUGAGCCUGGGGAGCAGGGCGGGGCUGAGCUGAGAAGAUCUCCUUGCCUCCGACUCUGCUAGAGGCCCUCCAGUUAGGGGCUCUUCAGUUCUGACUUGCAGUAUGCCCUCCCACCAGAUCACAGACCCCUCUCCAGCCCGGGGCAGCCCAGCCCUGAGGGAGAUGGAACCCAAGGACCAGCAGCUCAUGGUGGCACUUCGGAUCCGCCCACUCAACAGUACAGAACUGGAGGAAGGAGCCACUGUCAUCGCCCACAAAGUGGGGGACCAGGUGGUAGUGCUCAUGGACCCAGGCGAAGACCCGGAGGACACACUUCGUGCACACCGGUCCCGGGAGCGCACCUUUAUAUUUGACACCGUGUUUGACCAGAAUGCAUCUCAGGAAGCUGUUUAUCAUGCUACCAUCCAGCAUUUAGUGGAGGGCGUCAUCUCUGGAUACAAUGCGACAGUUUUUGCCUAUGGCCCCUCAGGUGCUGGGAAGACCCACACCAUGCUGGGCAUGGAUGCAGAGCCUGGCAUCUACCUACAGACCCUCACUGACCUCUUCCAGGCCAUCGAGGAGACCCAGGACAACAUGGAAUAUAGUGUGUCUAUGUCUUACCUGGAGAUUUAUAAUGAAGUCAUCCGUGACCUCCUGAAUCCUUCUUCUGGGUUUCUGGAGCUGAGAGAAGAUUCUAGAGGCAGCAUCCAAAUUGCAGGCAUCACAGAAGUAUCUACCUCAAAUGCUCAAGAGAUCAUGCAGCUACUCACCAAAGGCAACCGGCAGCGUACACAGGAGCCCACAGCUACCAACAAGACUUCAUCCCGCUCCCAUGCUGUACUGCAGGUCACUGUGCACCAGAAAAGCCGAGGAGGUGACCUGGCAGAGGAGGUGUGCCUUGGGAGGCUCUUCAUGGUGGACCUGGCAGGCGCCGAGCGUGCAGCCCAGACUCAGAACCGAGGCAAGAGAAUGAAAGAGGGUGCACACAUCAACCGCUCACUGCUGGCACUGGGCAACUGCAUCAAUGCGCUUAGCGAGAAGGGUGGCAGCCGCGCUCAGUAUGUGAACUUCCGUGACAGCAAACUCACACGCCUGCUGAAGGAUGCUCUGGGAGGCAACAGCCGCACAGUGAUGAUUGCCCACAUCAGCCCGGCCAGCACCAGUUUUGAGGAGUCAAGAACCACACUGCUCUAUGCCUACAGGGCAAAGAAUAUCAAGACAAGGGUCAAGCGCAACCUGCUGAAUGUCUCCUACCGAAUCGCGCAGUACACUGAUGUCAUCUCUGACCUGCGCAGGGAAAUCGAGCACCUCAAAUCAAAGAUUGAGAAGCAGGAUAAGGAGAAGAAAAGUGACCCCAGCAUCCUGGAUAUACAAGUCACAAUCCCCCAUGAUGCAGAGGAGGACAGUCGUCUACAGAUGAACAAGAUCCGGGCACAGCUUAUUGGGGCUUUCAAGGAGCAGAUGGAGAUGCGGCGCAGCCUUGUGGAGCUGGAGAAUGCCAACAUUGAGCUGCACAUAGACAUGUCUCGCCACCUACUGACCAUUGCAGACUGGGAGCGGGAGAAGACCCACCAUCAUGCAAACAUGGAAAACAGUGAGAAGGAUGAGGAGCCAGGGGAUGCUGAUGGAGAGGAGGUGGAGGCUUCAGAGCCCCCGGAGGUGGCUCUGGCUAGAGAGGAGGUGAACCUGCUCCUGGCUGAACAGCGGAAAACGGCAGCCCUCAAGGCUGGUCUAGAGCAGCGCCUGGCCCAUGCCAAGCAGAAGGCCUCACAGAUGGAGAAGCUGCUGCCCAGGCAGGUGACCAGUGAGGACCAGCGGGAGGUGCUGCAGCUGCUGUGCAGGGCCCACCAGUUGGAGGUGGAGAACACAGAGCUGCAGGCUGACAACUUGUGCCGCAAGAACCUGCUCUGCCAGAAGGACUUCGUGAUCCAGCGCUAUCACCAGCACCGGAUGCUGUGUGAGCAGGUUAUCCAGGGGCAGCGGCAGCUGAUGCAGGACAGUGGCAUUUCAGCCUCAGAACUCCUGGAGCAGCAGUACCGACUGUACCUCCGGGAACUGGGUGAAGGCACUUUGGACCGCCUGCUGCUGCAGCUCUCGGUGAUGUCCAGCUCGAUCCGAGAUGGCCCCAUUAUGAACAUAUCACCCCCACCACCUGAGGACACCAGUGGAGAGCCUCCAGGUGAAAGGCGGGACCUCCCAUGGGGUGCCACGUUUGAGCUGCCUCAGAUGCUCCUAGAGAGAGACAGUGAUGGGAACAAGUCCUCAAAGAGCACUCCAUUGUGGAGACUUGGGAAGCAAGACUCACUUCUCCCUCCACCAGCCCUCCGCAUCCUGCUGACACCACCCAUGCUUGAGAAGUCAAAUGCUCUAGGAGCAAAGAACCUGGUCUCCAGAUUGCAGCCCACGGCUGGUUUGGAGCUGAGAACCCCACAGCCGGCAGGAGAGAUGAGCAGCCCCCCUAUGAGUGUCCAGGCCCUCAAGGAGAUGGCCCUGGGCACCAAGAGUAUUGCCCUCAUAGCAGCCAGCCGUCGCUGCAGAGUGUAUGACAAAGAGGGCAGCUGCCUGGACUCCAGGGACCCUAGCCCUGCAGACUGGAGGUGGCCCCAUGCCAGCCCCAGCAGAGACCGCUCUUUGGAGAGGAAGGCAGGGAGGAAGCGGUCACCCUCGUUCACCUGGAGCCUGCAACAAAUGACGGAGAAACAUCAGCCUUCUACGGAACAUCCACCCGAGAGCCAACUGUCCCCCGCACACCUCCAGCCACCAAAGCCUUCAGGGAAGAGCUUUUUCCCUGCUGUUCCCAUGGCCUCCAAGAUGAGACCAGGCCUCAGUUUUCACACAGACGAAAGCAUGCUUCAUGUGCCAGAGGUCAGCUUCACCUUCCCCAGUGCCAUGUGGCAGAGCAAUGCAGCCCCCAGCCGGCCUCCCCUCCUGCCACGUGACAUCCGAGGGUCUACAGACAGCAGAGGCCGGCGUCACAGUCCAUUGCCCCCCAAUAACCCCCCCAAGCCGCAGGGUGGCAGUGCAAAGAGGCCAAGGCGUCCUAAGUAGAUGGCAGCAAGACACAGCUACCUGGAAGGCCAACUCCAGUGGACCCCAACACUGGACCUGAGAUGGAGAGUAAUAUAGGACACUGGGGUCACCUCCCAUGACAGAGGACCUGUCCAAGACUCCAUGUUGUCUUUGGGUCUUUCUUGGGUUAUUACAGUUGCUGAGGAUGUCUCUGGGAUCACUCCGUAUCCCUGGAUGCCAAUGACUGACAACCAUGGCUCACACUCAGGCUACAGGGGUGCCUGGGGGAUGGCUGAACAGCUUCAGAUGGGAUGGGAGCUCUGAGAAGUCUUGUAGCUGG